GUAACUCCAGACACUUGCACGUUCUGAUUGGGACCUCAGGGGUCAUCAUCCUCUUCAUCAUCCUCUUCUUCCUUUUUCAUCGCUGGUGGUCCACCAAAAAGAGGUUCUUUUUGGUCCAGAGGGCCUGGCCACAUGAAGGUGGUCAGGACAAGCCCACCCUGUCUGCCUGGCCCAGCGCUGUGGUGCCUCGAGGAGGAAACGUGACUCUUCGGUGUCACCAUCACUCUAGGUUUAUAAAGUUCAGGUUGUACAAGGAAGAUGGGAUCCUCAAUCCUGACUUACAGGGUGGAAUAUUCUGGAACAGCUACCUCAUGUUCCCAGUGACCACAGCACAUGCAGGGACCUACAGAUGUCAGGGUUUUCACCCAGACUCCCCCACUCCAUGGAUGGCACUCAGCAACCCCCUGGUGAUCAGGGUCACAGGAUUCUACAGAAAACCUUCCCUCCAGGCACUCCCAGGUCCCCUGGUGAAAUCAGGAGAGACGGUCAUCCUGCAAUGUUGGUCAGAUAUCAUGUUUGAGUACUUCUUUCUGCACGGAAAGGGGAUCACUGAGGACCUCUUGUUUCUUGUUGGAGAGCCCCAUGAUGGGAGCUCCCAGGCCAACUUCUCCAUAGGUCCCAUGACGACUACCCUUGCAGGGACCUACAGAUGCUACGGUUCUGUCACUCACUCCCCCUAUCAGUGGUCAUCUCCCAGUGACCCCUUGGACAUCGUGAUCACAGGUCAAUACAGGAAACCUCUCUCAGCCCAGCCGGGCCCCACGGUUUGGCCAGGAGAGAACGUGACCUUGUCCUGCAGCUCCUGGACCUGGUUUCACCUGUACCAUCUAUCCCGGGAUGGGGAAGCCCCCGAACUCAGGCUCCCUGCAGUGCAGAACGUCAGUGGAACAUUCCAGGCCCACUUCCCUCUGGGCCCUGCCACCCACGGAGGGACCUACAGAUGCUUCGGUUCUUUCCAUGACUCUCCCUACCACCGGUCAACCCUGAGUGACCCACUGACCGUUUCUGUCACAGGAAACCCUUCAAGCGGUUGGCCUUCACCCACAGAACCAAGCUCCAAAACUGGUAACUCCAGACACUUGCACGUUCUGAUUGGGACCUCAGGGGUCAUCAUCCUCUUCAUCAUCCUCUUCUUCCUUUUUCAUCGCUGGUGGUCCACCAAAAAGAAUGCUGCUGUAGUGGACCAAGAGCCUGGGGCGGACAGAACAGUGAACAGGGAG